AUGGCCGCGCACGUAACUAGUCUUCUUCUCUCACAACACCUCAGCCUCUUCCCCUCUCCCCUCCACAUCAACAAACUCAAAACCAAAAAUCGGAGAGCAACUUUUCGUCGGCUUUCCAGCCGUAAGCUUUUGCACGGCACCACUGUCGAAGUCAUCGGGUACGAGCCCCUUGACGACAUUAUCAACGAGAUCAAGGGAGACCUUCUGCUCUCCAAACCCUCUUCGACAGCACAACCGGGUGAAAACCUCACCUCACUCAACUGGGUUGCUGCUUCUCACCCUGUGAGUCGAGCACCUAGCAACCAGCCUCUGGCAGUCCGCAAAACUCGCGCAAGCAGGUCAACGACCUCGGAAACAAACAACAGCGACGUUGGAAGACUGGGCAGCUAUACCAGCAGUGAGGCGAAUGAUUUAGAGUGGGCUUCACGGCCGACUCUAUUCGAAUUUACUGAGCCACAGAUGGCGCCCGGCGUGGAAGCAGAUAGAACCGGUCAACAGUCCGAGCAGACUGCAUCCGAGCAACUAAAUGCUCUUUUGGAUGCCUCCGUUGCUGCACCUCAAGGUGGAACUCGAAAAAAAUUGUUCUCCCUUGGUAAGAAGAUGGAGAAGUUUCGUCUUCGAUCCAAUACGGAUGAGCCAGCAGCUCCGAGCCCACCUUUCAGCAUGUCUCCACCAAACGGUUUUCACAGACCUGCCAAUGAAGUCGACAAUCACCUUCCCGUGCAGAGUCCUCGUGAAUGCCCCCAGAUCGAGCCAGAUGACUUUGCGAAUGCUUGGAAGUUGAAUAUUGGUAGAAGCACAAGAGGGAAUGACCCAUACCAUUCGCAGUUUCCGUCGGGAUUUGCGCCACCAGCGGAGUACCGCGAAGACUACAUGACUGCAGCAGAGAGAGCUGGUCCAGAUGGACCUACGCUUUCCACACUAAAUCCAUCAGUACGGAUAAUUCCCGAGUGUAAGGUGCUCAAAGGCGAUGCAGAGCAGACCUUCUGGCUCGCUGUCGAGGUCGAGGGCAUGAUCCACAAUCGAAAGAUGUACCCGGAUAACAGACUCGAUCUCAUUAUUCUCAUAGAUAAUGCGUACUAUGUCACUUCUGACUGUCUUGAGCAGGCGACCGAGCAUGCUUGUUCUCUGAUGCAUCAUCUUAGGGUUGGCGAUCGAGUUGCACUCUACUCGUCCAAUUGUACACAUGAGAACGUCUCAGGGAACGUGCCCGACAAACUCCUUCCCUUAUCAUGUUUCGGUCCGGCAAUUGGAAGUACCGUCCGCGAUUUAGCAAGAGACAUGCGCAGCCAGGGAGUGCAAACUUGGGAGUGGCCUCGACCAAACCCUAGCCUCGAUGAUAUGCUUAUUGCCAUCCUCAAUGACAUAAAGGGUUACCUUCCCAGGGCUGAACGCACGCAUGUCAUGAUUCUCAGCCCUACACCUAGAGAGGCCCAUAAGGUGUCGGCCAUGUUCCCAAAGCUUCACGUCCACCAAAUCAAUCCCUCCGUCUUGCCAUUCCACAAGGACGAUGGGCUAGAUACUAAGCUCUGCAACCGUGGCUGUUGCGAUAACUUCACUUUGAGUCACUUGGAGCACGACUAUCAAGCGACUGGCGAGAGACUGAAGAAAAUACUGUUCCACGCACGUUGCGAGAGGACCGUCGAUGCGAUCAGUAAGAUUAUGGUCAAGAUCACACCUAUGGCAGGUUGCAAAAUUCUGGAGUGUCGUGGUCCUACGUACAUUCCGCACUUGCGUUCUGGUCAGGUACACACCUUCUUCGUUCAGAUCGAAGUCUCUCCUCAGCAGGUUGCGGAGUUGGAUGUCGACAAUCUUGAUAACAUCAUGAAUGCGGCCUUACUCAAAGACAAUCUCAAACAGGACUGUCUGAAUGCGAAGAUCACGGGGGCCAUAAAGACUCAUAUCCUUUCAAUCGAAAUGAUGUAUAGGAGCAGUCUAUAUUCCUCGCACCAGUGGAUGUUCUCUAAAACACCUUUCAUUAUCUUCAAAGACCUGGGCCGUAUGAGCUCCCCUGUCGACCGCGCUUUCGAAUUUCACCAGCGCCGAAUCUUCUAUGAAGUGACCCAUCUGCGUAGGGGCCCAGCGUUGGAUAAGCUUCGAGAAUUGGCUGCAGCUGUACAGCCAGAUAUCCGCGAACCCAUCGACAACUUGGCUGAGCGUAUGAGCCGCGAACUGCGGGCUCAUACAGCCAUCAGAGACCACGAGGUUGCUAGCCGACAAAACCUCCCCCACUGCUUCGGCCCUUUGAGCAUUUCUGGUCCACACCAUCGUGUGGUUGCUAUUUGGAAGAGAUAUCAGAACCCGGAAGACUUUCCGAUGGACUUUGAAUGAGGCGUCCGAGGUAACGUUGGCUACUCUGUUGGCUGGCGCGAAUUAUCAUUCGAUUUUGAGAAGCUCUGGAUCAGGGCUCCUUUGUAGGAAUAUUUUG